AUGAUCCUAAACUUAGAAAUCGAUGCUCAUUCUACAGAUCCAGCUAUUGUAUUAAGAUACGAUCUCAUAAACUCAGACAAAACAAUUCAUAAAAGUAAAAUGUAAGCUGUAAUAUUAUAUAUUCGCAUAUAUUUAGCAUCCAAUUGAAAAACCUGAACGAAGAGCUGAAUUGUUCCAACUUGGCCAAGAAUGUGGUUGAACAAUGUCAGUUGAUACCGAAAGAAAGGUUGGGGGAUGUCGAGCAAACUAUAUUUUACUUACAAAAGCGAUCUCAUGGCCUUAACGGUAAUUGUUGCAAUUAUUUUCCACAUGUUACUUUGAUCUGAAUUGCAUUGUGUUUAUUCAGCUGUGUUCGGAGUUAACGAUGUCACUAUCGCCAAGGCAGAGAUGUCAAAGCUGGAAAACUACAUCGAGAUGUUAUACGAAGAUGUUGACAAACUAAAAGCCGCCAGUUUGGUACUUUCAUUGUGUGCAAAGACUUCUAAUUUACAGUUUUUGGCUGAAAAUGGUAGGUUGGUAAAACUUGUUUAUUAAGUAAAUACAAAUAUCUUAUUCGAUACUAUGUAAAUUCAGAAGUCUUAAUGGGAGCGUUGUCCAGAGUCUUUCGAGAAGACUCACAACAAAAUUACGAGUUAGCUACAAGUUUAGCACAGAUAUUCUGUCACUUAAGUCGGUUCUCAAGAUUCCACAUAGUUCUGUCCAAGUAUAAGGUAAGUAAAGCGGUUCAAAAUGUAUCGGUACCGAAUGUAAAGUGAAUAAUAUGUCUUUUAAAGCUCUCUGACAUAUUUUUUAGAUAGGAGCGUUGUCUUUGCAAAUCCUCAGAAGCGAACUUCAGAGGCGACAACAAUGGAAGGAGCAGAAAGCAGCAGCUUCGGCCAACGAUCAGAAGAAGUUCGAACUCGCUUUAAGGAAGCAAAACGUAUUUCUGACAGACUGUUUGAAGGUAUGUCUACACAUUUAGUUUGUUACAGUAUUUAGAUUCUGCUCAACCUGUCCGCUGACAUCAAAGUGGAAGCAAAGAUGGUGAAACGAGGAAUCCUGCCAUUGUUAAUCAAGUGUGUGGAUACCGACAUAUACUUGGCAAAGACCGCCUUGGCAUUCCUGUGGAAAUUGUCAGUUUUCAAUGAAAAUAAACAAGCGAUGGGACAACUCGGACUAGUCAACGAGGUGGUUAAUGUUCUGGGUACUAGCUCUGAACACGAACUGGUGAACCUGGCAUUCUCUUUGUUAUUCAACUUGUCAUUCGACACUACAAUCAGACAAAAGAUGGUCGAACUGGGCUUGGUCAACGUGGUAUCAAAACAUAUUAAGGGUACGGUAGCUUGUUCAAACUUUUUAUAGCUGUAAUUCAAAAAAAAGCAAAACGGUUAAUAAAUCUUCCAAACUUUUCAGCAAGUUUAUUGUCUCAAUUUGUCUUAUUUUAGGUACUGAAGUAGCAUUAGGAUUACUGUACCAGCUGAGUAUUGUGGACGACGCAAAAGCCAUUUUUACAUUCACGGACUCUAUUUCUAUGGUAAGGCAUUGUUAAACUAAAGGAUUAAACAAUGUUUUAGCUGCUUGAGAUGAUCGAAUCGAAGCCAGACCAGGCACUUGUCCCAAAGUCAAUAUUAGUGAACAUUGCACUGGAGAAGAGGAACGCCCAGAUAAUUGUUGGCCCUGAAGGAGCUGGUUUGGAUAAACUGAUAACGCUUCUGGAGUCACAAAAAGAUAACGUCAUCAUUAAGCUGAUCCGCAAUAUAUCUCAUCAUGAAGGCGUUAUUCAGACCUAUCUUAGCGUAUGUUUCUUUCAUAAAUAAUACAGUAUACAAUUGUUUUAUACAUAACGUACUUUUGAUGACGUAAAUACUGAAAACUCUACUUCAAUGAUUAUAAUGUGAUAGUUCAAGAACUGAUUUUAAUACUUAUCAUUUUUUUAGAAAUACGUCAACUUCUUCUUUACUGCCGCAGAACAACCCAAACUCAACAACAAUAUUACCUUUGCGACAGACUGUCUGGCCAUUUUGAUGCAGAUCAGCAAUUCGGUAGACUGGGCCAAGGAAUUGGACAAAGACAGAGUUAGUACGUGGCUAAAGACAAUUCUGCACGACAAAAGCGAGAAGGUGUACUACCCAGAUGAGUACUUGUUGUACUUAAUUGGAUUUGCUGGAACAUUGGCGACAAAUCAAGAACUGGCCAAGCUAUUGGUUGACUUUAGUUAUGACAUCUUGGAAAUAUUGAACAGUAAGUGUCUAGAGUAAAUAACGACAUGUAGAGUGUACGUCCUUAUAGUAAGAAUAUGAAAUGUAUUUUAAAGUGAUGAUAAUAUGUAAUGAAGAAGUUUGUCAAAUCUCAUGACAUUACAGAGAAACAAGAAGAAGAUGAAUUCUGUCUACAGGUCUCCUUUUUGUUCCUCAGAAUGCUCACAUAUUCAGAUGUCCGAGGGAAACUGUGUUCAGAGAAGGAAAGAGUAAUAGAAUACAUAAUCAACAUGUCGCGCGACAAAAAUGUCAAAAUACGGAAUAUAUGUGAUCAAGCACUGCAAAUUAUAUCGGUGAGUAACUGCUUAACCAUCCAAACUUGAAGUUGUAUUAAAAAUAGUGAAAUAAGUUUAAAUAAUGUCGUUACCAAAGUACUGUCAAUUAUAAUAUACCGGUAUCAAAAACAUUUUCUAGGAAGUAAGCGAGUUUUGGUUCAAACAAGUAAGCAAAGAAAGGUUCUGUUGGCAUAACGCGACAUGGCUGGAGAUGAUAGUACAUAGAAGUGUGAUAGAAGAGCCAGCAGAGUACGAAGACGAGGACGAUCUCUUAGAACAACAGUUUCGUAACGCCGUGCUCGACGUUGACGAAGCGUUGGAGUAA